UAUAACAUCAUAGUGUUGUAUAUAUUUUUAACUAUAAAGGUGUAUCUUUCACCCGUUUAAUCCAUCAUGACGGACAUUAUCUAAUAUGAAACUAACUUCGAAUUUGUUGCGUUUACAAGCGGAUUUGCUAGUGGGUUAACUUCUUUUUGGAAACCGGCGCGUGAUCCGGUUAGUGGUGAUUCCGUGCAAUGGGUUUUAAAUGGAUCGUAAACUCCGCUGGUGCGCCGUAAGGUGCGACGGUUGUGUGGACGCAUCACGACUUCCUCGUUUAGCUUCAAGCAACGCAGCUUUAUACCACUCAACUAGCUAACGAUACUUGUUAUCAACCAUGGGGAAGUCAUUUGCUAAUUUCAUGUGUAAGAAAGAUUUUCACCCUGCUUCGAAGUCAAACAUAAAAAAGGUAUGGAUAGCCGAACAGAAACUGACUUUCGAGAAAACAAGGCAAGAAGAUCUCAUGCAGGCAUAUCUGAAAGAGCAGGAUACCUACAACAACAGGUUAUUGAUGGGGGAUGAUCGGGUUAAAAACGGCCUCAAUUUCAUGUAUGAGGCUCCACCUGGAGCUUCCAAAGAGGAAAAGAAGGAGGAAGGAGAGGAUGAUUACAAAUUUGAGUGGCAGAAAGGAGCUCCUAGAGAAAAGUAUGCAAAAGAUGACAUGAAUAUUAGAGAUCAGCCGUUUGGAAUCCAGGUCCGUAACGUGAGAUGCAUCAAAUGUCACAAAUGGGGCCACGUGAACACCGACAGAGAGUGUCCCCUGUUUGGACUUUCGGGCAUCAACGCCAGCUCUGUUGCCUCAGAUGAUGCAGCAGGUCCGUCGAUGCACCCCUCUGAGUUAAUGGCUGAGAUGCGAAACAGCGGGUUUGCCCUGAAAAAAUGUGUCCUUGAUAGGAAUUCUACCGUUUGUGAUCCGUCGCAGGACUAUGUUGCCAGUGAGGAGGAAGAGGAUCCUGAAGUGGAGUUUUUGAAAUCGUUAACGACCAAACAGAAGCAAAAACUCCUCAGAAAACUUGAUCGGCUGGAGAAACAGAAGGGCAAGAAGAAGAAGAGCAAGAAACAGAAGAAGAAAAGCAAAGGCAAACAUAAGAAAAGGCAGGAGAGCAGCGAGAGCUCUAGUGAUUCCUCCGAUGCCAGCAGCAGUGAUAGCGACUCCGAUUCAGACGCUCCUAAAUCCAAGAGGAAAAAGAAGAAUAAAGAAGAUUCCUGUCGGGAUAACAGUUCGGAGAGACGAGGCAAGAGUCAGAAAAAGACCUCUCGCAGAAGCAGGUCACCGAGCCCCCACGCCAGCCUGAAGCGGCCUAAAGAGGAGUCUGGAGAUUAUAGACAAAGAAGGACAGAGAGGGGAAGGAGCAGGAGUAGAAAUCGCAGCCCCGAGAACAAGAUCAUGCUGGAGGGAGGUCAAGAGAGAAGGAGGCACAACAGCAGGGACAGGCAGAGAGGCAGCAGCUCCAGUGAUGUGUUGGACAGAAGUCGGUGCCACGAGAGAGGCAGGGAGGAUCGAGGUGAAGACAGACAUCACAGUGGAGACGGUGAGAGGAGCAGAAGAAGCACAGAAGGAAACAAAAGCAAAACAGCUGAAAGGAGGAGCAGAAGCAGAGAGAGGAGAGAAGAGAGGAGGAGGAGGAGCAGGAGCAGAGAUGGAGUCAAAAGAAGGCACUAACUUUUUAUCCAUGUAUUUGGGGUUUCUUUCAUAAUCUAGAGUAAAAUCCUGUUGCAUGUUUUUCUUUUUGACUCAAGUUUUCAAGUCUCCUUUAGAUCCAAUUAUCAAAAAUUCAGUUUCCCUCCAGCAGAGGGCAGUAGAGAACUGAAAAUACCUGGACGGAGCGUUUGUCAGGGUUUGGUAUUGAAAAGAUGCAAAUUAAUUAGAUUGAGAUAAAUUAGAGGUUCAGAUAAUGAGUGGAAAGUGUUGGUCAUUUUUUAUUAUUCUUCCACCUACAAUAAAGACAAUGUUGUGGUUUAUCCUGA